AUGUCUCAACGGAAACGCUACUCGCUGAACGUCGUAACCUCUCCGCCGAUACCAUCGUCGGCACCCAGUGCACCGCUACGAACGAACGAGUUAAGUUGGGAAACUGCCUCGACAACUGGAGUUGCGUCUUCAUUCCUCCCGAGUGCCCACCACGGUGGCACGGUACUGAAUCCCGGUUUGGGAAUAAUGAGGUCUCCCUCGCUGAGCAAGUCUGGUGCGUUUGGCCGGUCCGGCAGCAGUGGUUCCAAUGCGAUGGUAGAACCAUCCAAUAUUAAGCUGCUCUUAAUAGGGGAUGCGAACGUAGGGAAGACGGCCAUGAUCCUGAGCUACUGCCACGAGCUGAUGACACGAGCUGAAAUGUCACGGUCGGUGCGACUGAAGCAUCAGCAGCCGCAGCAACGAGGCAUAGGCUUGAAGAAAACCGUGGUGAACCAUAGACUGAGCAUGAAGGAGAAGAGGAAACGGUACAGCUCCAAUGAUUUUGAGAAGGAGUUUAAAGACGUUGCUUAUUUUGCCGGUAAGGCCAGCGAGUUCGGGAGCUUUGAUACCGAUGAAGAUAACGGCCAAGAACUGGCGGACCCACAUGAGAUUAUAAUUGACACUAGAAGUACCAUCGGGAUAGACAUCAAGACGAACCUGGUCAACAUAGACAACCGGUUCUUCAACGUCAUACUGUGGGACACGGCGGGCCAGGAGCGGUAUCAAAAUGCUAUCAUUCCAUCGCUAUACAAGAAGACGAACGCGGUGAUACUGACGUACGACAUAACGAAUGCCAAGUCUUUCCAGAAUUGCAUGGAGCUGUGGAUUGUGCAAGCCUUAGAAAACUUUUCUUCCCACGAUUUGUCCAGGGCAAGAUUCUUUCUGGUGGGCAAUAAGAUCGACUUGUAUAAGGAAAGGCAAGUGACUCAUUACGACGUAAUGCAGAUGGUUCAAGAAAUGCAGUUGAAACAUGGUAUUGAGAUUUCGGGAAAUUUUGAGGUAAGUUGUAAAUGGGUCAAUGUUGUGGAAAGAACAAUGAAUAUGAUAAUACUGGAUCUGGUCGAAAACGGAUGUUUUGAAAAUAACGAUCCCUUCAUACCGACCGGGACAUCUAGCAAUUUGCAUGAACAAGACCAAGAAUUCCAUGACACAGUGGAAGAACCCUUCCAUUUUGCUCGGCAACGACAACAACAGUCCGAAAAGAAGACUACAGUAGACAUCACGAAACCUAACGACGACACCAACAAUAACCAAUCUAUAUGUUGCGUUUAG